AUGACAACCACGCAAGUCAUCGCCGAAAACGCCCACCUCGCCGGCGCCCGCAACAGUCUCCGCAAGGAGGACUGCAUGAAGCUCUACGAGGAAUGGGCCGCCUCCUACAACAGCGACCUCGCCGACGCCUCCCAGAACUACGUGGCCCCUAUCCUCGUCGCCCAGGCCGCCGUCAAGUCCAACAACCGCGCCAAGGCCACCGUCCUGGACGCCGGCUGCGGCACCGGCCUCGUCGGCGAGGCCCUCGCCAAGAGCGGAACCAUGACCAUCGACGGCGCGGACCUGUCGCCCGCCAUGCUCAAGAUCGCCGAGGACACCGGCGUCUACCGUAACCUCAUGCUGUGCGACUUGACCCAGCCCAUCGACCGGCCCGACGAUACCUAUGACAUUGUGACGUGCUGCGGCACCUUCACGCGCGGCCAUGUCGGGCCGGACCCGGCGCUGCGCGAGUUCAUCCGGGUCACGAAGAAGGCGGGGAUUAUUGUCGCGACGGUGCUGGAGGAGAUUUGGGUCUCGGGCGGGUACAAGGCUGAGGUCGAGAAGAUCGAGAAGGAGGGCCUGGCGCGAGUGGUUAGUAUGGAGCUCAAAGACUACAGAAAGGGCGCGGGCGACAAAGCUACGUUGAUGGUUCUGGAGAAGACAGGUUCCGCUUGA